CAUUGUGUGCUUAGCGAAAAAAAUAAUCGACUCAGGAAAAUGCGGCACUCUGGCUUUAAGAGGAAUGAGAUGGGAGGAGACUGUGGGGGUAAUGAAAAUGAGUUUAAGGAGGUGACAACAUAAAUAUUAAUCUAGAGGUUUGUCUCCUGCAGAUAGUCCACAGCUGGACAUGACAGACCUGACAGAAAGACGAGAGCGGUCUGCCUUUCAGCUUUUAUUAUCCGUAUGAACUUAUUUUACGGCGGUAUCUGCAGAAAGUGAGUCAUUUAGGGAGCGACUGUAGGAAAUGCACAAACUAUAAAAUCAGUCACAAUUAAACCGUACUGACUAACUUAACAUUUUUGAAAUCUAUUUAUAUAUUUAAACACCGGUCUGGUGUAGUAAACAUUUAAAGAAAACAUAUUGCAAUGGACACGACUGUUGACCAUUUCACCUCGGAGAAACUUUUCCCUAAUUCCAACCUGUUGGACCUUGAGGACUUGAAUGAAUCUGAUUUUCUCGGCAAUAUGCAUUUCUCAGAGCAAAUGGAGGAGUUCUCCAACGAGCUCUUCAGCAGCUUCUUUGAUGACCAUCUGCUGUCAGAGAGGAAUCCUCUACUGGACAUGGAGCUGGACCCUUCCAACCCUGCCAUCCAGGAAGAGCACAGCUACUCCCUCAGUGGAGACUCAGCCCCUCAGAGCCCCACCAUGCCCAUCCAGAUGGAUAAAGAGUCAGAAGGCCUGUGGUCCCUUGGCCAGAACCUGACAGCUGUUUUGGUGAAACAGGAGCCCAGCCUGCUCACAGAACCGUCCUCUUCCACCGCUCUGGUAGACAGUGCCCCCCACCAACUGAACCUUGCCCUUCCAGCACUGAAGGAGCACAACAACCUGGAGGACAUGGGGUCCAGCAAACAUAUCCUUUUGCCUGCUAUUAAAACAGAGCCAAAAGAAGCCAACUCCUCCCUCAACACUACACCAGACGAGCGGCUGCAGCUCCCGCCCACCCCACCGAGCAGCCAUGGCAGCGACAGUGACGGAUCGCAGAGCCCCCACUCCCUGCCUCCCCCCAGCCCAGCACGCCAGCCCACCCGCACCUCCGCGGCAAUCUCCACCUCGCCUCUCCUCACUGCUCCACAUAAGCUGCAGGGAACAUCGGGGCCCCUGAUGUUGACAGAGGAGGAGAAGCGAACCUUGAUCGCUGAGGGCUACCCUGUGCCCAACAAGUUGCCGCUGACUAAGACAGAGGAGAAGGCACUCAAGAGGGUCCGCAGGAAGAUCAAAAACAAGAUCUCAGCACAGGAGAGCCGCAGGAAGAAGAAGGAGUAUGUGGAAUGUCUGGAGAAGAAGGUAGAAACGUACACUUCUGAAAAUAACGAGUUGUGGAAGAAGGUGGAGACGCUGGAGAGUGCUAACAGGUCUCUCCUCCAGCAAUUGCAGAAGCUCCAGACUUUGGUGGCAGGAAAAGUCCCCCAGUUCUGCAAGAUGGCCUCCACCCAGACGGGGACCUGCCUCAUGGUGGUGCUGCUGUGCUUCGUCUUGGUGCUCGGCUCCUUCAUGCCAGGGCUGUCCGAGGUGUCCUCCAUGUCCCAAAUGGUGAAGUCUUCACCCCUGCCUCCAGCAGACAUCUACACAGCCAGCCACAUCCGUUCCCGCAGCCUCCUCUUCUACGACGAGGCUUCUCCGCUGGAGGAGCCCUACAGCGGCUUCCUGAAGAUGGAGGACGCCAGCGAGUGGGACGCCGCCUCCCGCAGCUUUACCAAGGAGCAGCCAGCAGCCAUUCCUCACGGAGAGCAUGAAACCAGCAAGUACCUGGACAAGGUCCACACGGAUCUGGUGGAUCUGAACAGGACGGGGACCAACUUCCUCGGUGAUAAAGAAGAGUACCAUGAAAGAAAGGCCAAACCCACUGGCAGCACAGAGUAUUUCUAGCCCAAAGGGCUGGAGCUGCCACUCCUGUGCAGUUUCCCACAGACUCGUGACCCUCAGUGGAUGUCUCCAGCUCCACAGCGCCCCCUUGUGUGCAUCCAUACCCCUGCCUUGUACCUUCAGAGCACCACCCAGAUUGCCAUGCAGAUGAGAGACAAAGAGGAAGUGUGAAUGGGCAGUCAGCGUCACCACAAGCAUGGAUAUCACUCUGAAUAAAGCGUCACAUUCUCUCGGGUUUUUCUUGGUGAUGGGGAGUGAAAGCAUGAGCAGCACAAGCUGUGCUCUGUGAGAUUUGUGUAAGUUUGUGGGGGGGUGGGUGGAGCACUUUAAUUAUUUUUGCCAACUCUAAAAUUGUGCAAUCACCCAUAUAAUUUUGUAAUUUAUUGAAGGAUUUCUCAAGGGUGAAUAUUAUAUUAGGAUAUUUUCAAAUUGUUUCAGAUACCAGCAUAUUUAGACGGCAGUAUUUCUAAGUCAUGCUCUGAGUUCAGUCUGUACCCUCUUACACAAUCAGAAAUGUUUUAUUGUUUUUAAUUAUAUUUUCUUUGUUAAUCCAAAUGGCUCGUUGUAAAGAGUGAGUGUGCGUGAAUUAUCUUAAAUACAAUCUGGGUAUUAAAGUAUCCUGUUAAUGUUAAUGGUCUAUGUGUGUGGGUGCAUGUGUCCGUGUGCGUGUGUGUCCGUGUGUCUGUGUGUCUGCGUCCGUGUGCGUGUGUCUGCAAAUAUACAGCUUCUGAUACAUGCUACCACGGAAUUUCUAACAUUUGCCUUUGAAAAUUAAGAUGUUUUGUUUACACUGUUUUAUCGUAACUGUUAGACAGUUUUCUACCUUAUUUCAUUAUUUCUGUAUUAAGAAAGUUUUGCAUGGGAAGCAAGAAACAAAAUUAAUAAAAUUAAUAUAAACUGACAAUAACUGAAAGAGUGAAAAGCUGGAUGACAUAUAUAUUUUAUUUCAGACGAAUGUUUCAGAUAAGACUUUCCAAAACAAUAGUGUUUCUGAACCACCUGGUUUUGGUUUUUGUUUUUAAUCAUUUUUUUUUUUAAUAAAACAUUGAAAUGUAUAUAUUCUACUAGCGUUUUGGAAAUAGUAUAUUCGUCAUUGUGUUAAAACAAGUCCACAAUUAAGCCUAUAGAGGCACUGGGUGGCAGGCAGUUGUAUAAUGGAAAGGGGGGAGUCAGACUGAACUCCGGAAAGGGAGCACCAAGUGGAUGGUUGAGCAAACUCCCAGGAAGAGGCCGAAACGGGCAGGUGUCAAGGCUCAAAGACGGGGGUGCCUCACCGAUUGAAAUGCAGAACCGUGUGCUAAUGCAUCUGCCGUUCACUGUCAGGCACCCCUCCUGGACAGAACAAGUAGUACAGCCCACCGAAGCUCCAGUAAAUAACUGUCACAGCAGCUGUUGUCCAGUGCAGAUGCAAAUCUCCCUGUAACCCACAGCUAUAGCAGGCCUGAGUCUCUGAACAGGUCAUUAUGCAUAUAAGCAGUAUAUAUUAAAAAAAGGAACCGGUAACUUGCAAAGCUUAUAAAAAUCCCUUUAAGAGCCAGAUAUCUCCUUUGCUAAUGAUUCGACCCCGAACCUAUUUGCUUAAAUGUGGACGACCCUCAAAGUGGAUACAGUAACACUGGAAUUUAUCAGUAUCUGCUCUCAUGAAAACCGUCUGAACAUUUCCCGCAGUGUAUGUAACCAUAGUUUGCCUGUGCUGUGUAAUAGCCUUCCCGUUUGUAUUUGCAUUUGUAAAUAUGAGUAGUGAAACUGUGCACUGUGUAAAAAAGGAAGAUAUUUUUAUAUCAGAAUUAUUAUAUUCAUUCGCCGUCUCUGGAUAUUGUGUGUUCUGUACAUGAAUUGGUUUCCCAUGAUUCACACAAAGCAGCAGAUUCACUAAAAGUGAGAUAUGGAGUGCUGGGGUUCUGUAAAUUAUAAAGAUAACUGAGUGCACCACCGAAACUGUUUAUUCCGUCUUUCAUUUUUAAUACUGUAUUUCUGUCCUAUCCUGUAGUUAGCAUGAAAGCAAUUAAAAAUGCAUCAGCAAA